AUGGGCGCAAAUAUGGCUGAGGAACUAGAAAUAAUGAAUUCUCUGAGGCAACGAUUGGCUAUAGAGCAUGCGCUACCGAUUUUGCUGAUGGUUUGGGAUAUGGAAGUAAUACAAAAGCGGCUAUUAUACGAUUAUUGUAUUUGUCGAGCUAUUUCAUCACGAAUUAAAUAUUCAAACAUACUUCGAAAGUUGCGCAUAACCACAGCAAUAUGCAACUGUGGCCGUAAUCGCAAAAUAUGUGAAGCAUUUGUUAAAACCAAAAAAUCGAUCCAAGAUCUGGAACGAGAAAUGCUGAAUGGACAAAGUAUUCAGGGUCCAGCAACUGCUGAAGCGAUCUUUAUGAUGCUGAAGAAACACAAUUUGAUAUCAAGAUUUCCGUUAUUGAUUGCGGUACAUCAAAUAUGUAAGCAACAGCUUUCACCCAAUCUUCUCAUAGAGCGUCUUCGGGAAUGCAAAGGUAAACUACCUGAUAAAUGGAUGAAGAUGUAG